AUGGUUCCAAAAACGAAAAUCAGAGAAAAGAAUGACAAGCAAGAAAACGGAGAGGACGACAAGAGGACCAACAGCUCUGUGCCAGGUACAAAGAUGAACUGCUAUGGUCUGCUGACAGUCCAGAAGGAACCAGUUCCUCUGAAGAGCAUUGAAGUGGAGCUGGAGGUGAGGGACCAUGUGGCUACAGUGGUCUCCACUCUGCUCUACCAGAACAAGGAGGACAAACCACUAGAGGCUGUUUUUGUCUUCCCUCUGCCUGGAGAUGCUGCUGUCUGUCAUUUCAGUGCUAACAUUGGACAGACACAGAUUGUAGCUGAGGUGAAGGAGAAACAGCAGGCUCGCGAGGAGUAUGAUGAUGCAUUGAGCUCCGGUCAGCAGGCCUUCCUAUUGGAGGAGAGUGAUCAGAGCCCAGAUAUAUUCUCUCUGAGUGUGGGCAGUCUGCCUCCAGGAGAGAGCGCCUCCAUCAGGCUGGAGUACGUCACUGAGCUGGCUGUGCAGGCCGAUGACGGGCUGAGGUUUUAUCUGCCUGCUGUGCUCAACCCUCGCUACCAACCUCAGGGAAGUGAAGGUGGCAGUGUCCAGGUGACGUCUGUUCCAGCCUCUCUGGUGCCCUACAGUCUGUCUUUCUCUGCCCGGGUGUCCUCUCCUCGUCCAGUCUCUAAAGUAGAGUCCAGCUGUUCCCUGGACCCUCUCCAGUACCUCAACACAGAGCAAACCCAGGCUACGGUCAAGUUGGCUGCAGGACACAAGUUUGACAGGGAUGUUGAACUGUUGAUUUAUUACAAAGAUGCCCACCAACCCAAUGCUGUGGUGGAGGCAGGACAGACCUCUGCCAAGCCUGGUACUCUGAUGGGUGAUCCAGUGGUGAUGCUGAGCCUGUACCCUGAGUUCCCCCAGGCUGUGAUGUCUUCAGUGGCUUCAUGUGGAGAGUUUGUGUUCUUAAUCGAUCGAUCAGGAAGUAUGGAUUGUCCAAUGGAUAACAGAAACCCACAACAGACUCGCAUUGGCAGUGCCAGGGAUACCCUACUGCUCCUGCUGAAGAGUUUACCAAUGGGCUGCUACUUCAACAUCUACAGUUUUGGGUCCAGCUAUGAGCACAUCUUUCCUAAGAGUGUGGAGUACAGUGAGAAGACAAUGGAAGAGGCUCUGAAGAAAGUUGAGAUCAUGGAUGCUGAUCUGGGAGGAACAGAGAUCCUGCAGCCCCUAAAACACAUUUACAGUCAGCCCUGCAUUCCCAGUCAACCAAGACAACUGUUUGUCUUUACUGAUGGAGAGGUGGGGAACACCAAAGAAGUUAUAAAUCUGGUGAGGAAGAACUCAGGCUACCACAGGUGUUUCUCUUUUGGGAUCGGGGAAGGGGCCAGCUCUGCUCUUAUCAAUGGUUUGGCCAAAGAAGGAGGAGGUCAUGCUCAGUUCAUCACAGGAACUGACAGGAUGCAACCAAAAGUGAUGCAGUCGCUGCGAUUUGGUCUACAGCCAGCUGUGGUGGACAUCUCAGUCACAUGGGAUUUACCAAAGGGAGUGUCUGUCACUGUCCUCUCUCCACCAAUCACAACAAUUUUCCAGGGUCAAAGGUCACUGAUUUAUGCUCAGCUCACUGGACAGAGUCCAGAGGCAGCAGAGGGCUGUGUGACGGUGAAGUACAGCCUGGCAGGUCAUCCAUCCCACAACCAGCUCCACUUCAGUCUCAAACCUGCAGACGACACUGGACUAACAGUCCACAGGUUGGCUGCUCGGACUCUGAUUCGCUCCCUGGAGAUGGAGGAGAGAGAGCAUAGAGGACAGCAAGAUGGAGGAGAGAAGAAGAAGGUGGUGGAGCUCAGUGUCCAAUCAGGAGUGAGCAGUUCCUUCACCGCCUUCAUUGCUGUCAAUAAAGAUGAUGGCGAGGCCAUUCAAGGGCCUCUGUUGCGCAGAAAUGUCCCGGCACCCACUAAAGGAUUGAUGAAGAGGUGCAGUAUGAUGGCUACUUCGUAUGGUGCUCCAUAUUCCGUGGAUUCUUGCUCAGUCAGUCAGCCUCACAGAGAUCCUUUGCUGCAGUUGGUGUCCCUCCAGAAGGCGUCUGGCUGUUGGGAGAUCCACCCAGCUUUGGCUGCUUUGCUGGGAAAGACCAGCGAGGAGGUGGAAAUGUCAAAGCCUGAAUCGGUGAAAGAGGAAGUGUGGGCCACCAUUCUGGCUCUGAUCUGGCUUCAUGAUUUCAUGUUGGAUGUUCAGGAUGAGUGGCAGCUUCUGGCUAUGAAGGCUGCGUCAUGGAUCCGUGCUCAGAAAGCACCAUGUGUGACAGAGUGUGUGGAAGCUGGAAAUGCAAUGUUGGGAUGUGAGGUGCAGAAAGAUUCCCUGGGGAUUUAA